AUGUACAGAGCAAUUCCAACGAGCAAUAAGCUACUUUAGAAGAAGUGGGCAGAUAAAGAGAGGGAAAUUCAUUUGAGUAAGCUGAGAGAGAUCAAACCCACCGUCGAAAUAAGGGAACCCUCGCAAUAUAAACAUCUUAAGAAAAAACUUAAAAAGACUUAAAUGCUUGAAGAUAGAUACACAGAAAUUGAAAGAGAAAAUAGGAUACUAUUAGAAAAGAUGACGAAUAUCAUGCAAAAUAAUAACAAGAAUGCUUCAUUCCCUCUAAGUGCAGGGUCAGUAAAUGCAAUUUAAACAGCAAGUACACAAUCCACAACCUAGGCAUUAGGAUUACAGAAGAAGAGUUUAAAUAGGGAAGCAAGGAAGCGAGAGCUAUUAAAGAUCACAAUGGAAAAUCAAGCAUUUCUGAGAAGACUGUAGGACAAGUAACCCAAUUAUAACGUCUAUCGCUGGGAAGAGGAGGAGCAGGAUCGUAAAAAGAUAUUGAAGAAUAUUUGUGAGUAUGACUAUAUUAUUGAUUAGCCAGGAGUCUAAAGUCAGAUGCAGUCUCAAUCCUAAACUAACUACAAUAGCGGCCCUCCCGAUUACAUCAUAAAAAAGAAAGGAGCUCUCACAACAUAGCCUCUUUACAAGAAGCGUGGUUAUACAAGUGACAAUAAUCAAAACAGUCAAUAUGAUGAAAGAGCCUUAAAUGGCACUCAUCAGAGACAAUAGAUUUUAUACAACGGCUAAGAUUUAUUUAUAUCAGCCUAGCAUGUGGAAAGAAGUGACAGUUUUGUCAUCGAGAUUUAAAAUGAAAAGGUGCAACCAUUAAUAAAUGAAUUUAAAGAAGAUUAUGCACUGAUGGCUGAGCAUCUUAAGAUUAUGAAUAAAAGAAUGGUGCUGCUGAAUCCAGUAAGUUUCUCAGUUUAUAAUUAAGUUUAGAAAUUCACGAAUCGUUAAGCAUCAAAAUCACAGUCACCUGAUAAGCAGGGUAUUCCUUAAGCAGAGCAAAUCGAGGCAAACAACGAAUCGCCCUUAAAGGUAGCCCUCGAGGAAUCCCCUGUGAAAAGCUAAGGGAGGUCAUAAUCUCUUUCUCCAUAGUAAAAUAGAUAAUCUGAGCUAUAAGUCGAGAAAACUCCAUCUCCUUAAAGAUAAAGCAUUCCACCAUAGUAAGAGUAGAGUUAAUCUAAAAAGAGCCUUAAAGUUGAGAGCAACGAGUAGCAAGAAGUCCAAGUAGAUGACGAACCUGUAGAACUUGUAUAAUAACAAAUCGUCGAAGACGCAGCUGAAGACAAUGAAUAAUAAUGA